AGCUGCUAGAUUGCGACACGUGGGGAGCCGAACAGACAACUCGGAUUGGAUAAAACCUUCUCACGACUAGAUGUACAAAUAGAGACUGAGGAAACGUCUUCAAUUUACUUGGAAAUAGCCUGUGUUAGGAGACAGGGGGUAAUUUAAGGCAGUGUAGCACAAUCUUUUGCAUAUUCUAUUGCGAGAAACAUGAUGAAAAUAUUAAUUUGGAUUGUCGCCACCAUCUGCAGUUGUAAAUGCUUUCUCGCCUUCCCCAACCACAAUGCUCACAACCCAAGGUCCCUCAAGAAACGAAAUCACGGGGCGUACGAGAGUUGUGCGAGCAUUCAGCAGCUAGAAGUUUUUCAGGCUCAAUUUUACGACUCUGUGGACAAAAAUCAAGACGGGAAAGCUACGUUUGAGGAAGUGAAGAGAUAUCUAGCCAAAUACAACCCUGUCAUUAAAGACUCAGAAGUGGAGAGGUUUAUAGCUCGCCGGGACGUAAAUGGUAACGGAGUCAUCGACUUUGUUCCGGAUUACGUGGCGGAGGUUCUGUCUCCUACAUACAGCCUCAACAAGGCCAAGGAGUGGUUCCAGCUGGAGGACUCCAACAGAGACGGUCUGGUGUCCAGGGACGAGCUGCUCACGAUCGCCAUGAACAUCGGCAUGACCCCCAAACAGGCCGCAGAAACCGUGGAUCUGUUCUAUAUGACUGGGGACAUCAACGGCGACGGGAAACUCAACUGGAAAGAAUAUUCUUCUGUUGUGAUGUGAUGAGAUGAGAACCUUUUGAUUCCAACGCUGGUUGAACUUUUGCAUAUACUGUAGCUUGUGGUUUGUAAAAAUUGCUUGAAAAUAAACCAGUACCGACUUCAA